CUCUCCUGUGUCCCGAGCCUGUCCCCGGAAGUGUCGCUUCUUGCCUCUGGCGUGAUGGCUUCAAGGUUACUUCGUGGAGCCGGAGCGCUGGCCGCGCAGGCCUUGAGGGCCCGGGGCCCCGGUGGGGUCGCAGCUGUGCGCUCCAUGGCGUCUGGAGGUGGUGUUCCUACUGAUGAUGAGCAGGCAACUGGGCUGGAAAGGGAGGUCAUGAUGGCUGCACGGAAAGGCCUGGACCCCUAUAAUAUACUACCUCCAAAGGCAGCUGCAGGCACCAAGGAAGAUCCUAAUUUAGUCCCCUCCAUCACCAACAAGCGAAUGGUGGGCUGCAUCUGCGAAGAGGACAACAGUGCUGUCAUCUGGUUUUGGCUGCACAAGGGUGAGGCCCAGCGAUGCCCUAACUGUGGUACCCAUUACAAGCUGGUGCCCCACCAGCUGAGCCACUAACGAGCCCCUGCACUGACUCACUCAGAAUACGCUGUAAGAUUUUCUUUGCUCAAAUAAAGACUAGCCAUUGCACUGGCUCCUUAUCCCAUAA